GAGGAGGAGGAUUAGGAGGGUUGUUGUCUCGCGCAGGAGGUUCGACCAGUGGAGGUGGUGGAGGAGAUGGAGGAGUUGGAGGAGGGAGGAUGGCGUUCAGCAGCUCAUCGGGACAAGGCAUGGGCUCCAAGACCAGGAUGAGCUCCUCAGGGGGUGGGAGACGAGGACCAGGCUCCUCCUCCUCUCUUAGCCACUCCCCCGUCUUCCUGGAAAGGAAUGUGAUGGCCAGCCACUCCAGCCACUACGACGGAAGCUCAAGUGGAAACUCUUCACCAGAGUUAGCAAGAAAGGAUUAUGCUUCCACUAGAGGCCGAAGUCAGAGCAGAGAGAGUGAGAUUCGAGCUCGCCUGCAGAGCACCUCACCAUCCGGACGAUGGACAGAGUUGGAGGAUGUGAAGCGUCUGCUGAAGGGAGGCCGCUCCUCCAGUGUGAGCCCCACGCGCUCCUCCACCUCCUCUACCCUCCCCGUCCCCCGCAAGGCCAGUGUGGAGGUCCGAGCACCAGCAGAGGGCUCACAGUCAGUGUCUGGGCAGUAUGAGCCUCCCAUGCUAGACUCCGCCCUCACCUCGUACACCUGGACAAGCUCCACCCUCCCCUCAGGAACCAACCUCGGCACCGCCUACGGUUACCAGGGCAACAACAACCUGUCGACAGGCUCAUCACUGCUCAACACCACCUCUCCAUCUUCCCUCUCAGUGUAUGGUUUCCAGAAUAAUCUUGUGUCAACAACGACUGGCAGUGCUCUGACGUCCAAUGGGGUGAACACUCAUACAGGUGUUGGUCAAGGUUUUGGUGUCCAGAAGAAUGUGUCUCAGGGAAUAAACAGUGCAGGAGUCGUCAGCACAGGAGUAUCCACUUCCACAGCUGUGUCCACAUCCAGGUCCCUGAGUGAAGACGUUCCCAGGAAGUAUGUGCUGCUGGAGAAGGAGAACAUCCCAGUGAAGCGAGACACGGAGGUGCUCAUCCUGACCAAGGACAGCGGCUCAUUCUCUGACGACUCUUUGAAGAAGGAGAAGGUCAUAUCUGGCAGUUACUCCCAGGCAGCACCAGUCAAAUCCAGCUCGGCAAACACUUACUAUGCGUCAUCCGGGGUGGCAACCAAAGACAAAGCUACUUAUGCAGAGAUCCAGAAGGAGGAGGAGGAUGGGGCUGGCGCUUGUGGCUGUUUCCCCAGCUGCUGCUCCUGGUGGAAGUGGCUACUGGGACUACUGCUGGGCCUGCUGCUGCUGCUCGGACUGCUGUUUGGACUCAUUGCACUAGCUGAGGACGUGAAGAAGCUCAGGGCGCGCGUGGAGGCUCUGGAGGGCAGCUUCACCUCCUCGGCCCGCACCAGUCGCCUCAUGUCCAAUAACGAGGUGCACACGCUGCACUCCCAGUCCGGCGUGCACUCCCAGGCAGGCGUUCACAACAUGGACGCCAUCGGCCGAGCGGACAACACCCUCAACCUAGGAGCGGCACUUCCCACCGACACCGCAUCUCUGCAGGGACUCAUACAGCAGCUGCUGAGAGCAGAGCUGCAGUCAGAGGCGGUCCGAGCAACAUUAGCGUCUUCUGUAAGAACAGAGAGGGGCCCGCCAGGUCCAAAAGGUGACUCAGGAGCUCCUGGACCAAAAGGAGACAGUGGUUUCCCUGGGUUGCCAGGUGCACCUGGGCUGAUGGGAUCACCAGGGCAUGAGGGAGCAAAGGGACAGAAGGGAAGUGCUGGGGACCAUGGGCCUGAGGGGCCCCAGGGUCUGAGGGGCCGAGAGGGACCACCCGGACCUCGUGGGGAUGCUGGACCUCCAGGGUUCAGCACUAAAGGAGAGAGAGGUUCUCCCGGUGACCCUGGAUCACCUGGUCUUCCAGGAUCGAUUGGUGCUCCUGGACCCAAAGGUGCAAUCGGUACACAUGGCCCUGCUGGACCUCCAGGACUUCCUGGUUUCCGGGGUGAGCCCGGACCUGCUGGCCAAAAAGGCGACAGAGGGCCUGCUGGAUCACAAGGAAGUAAAGGUGACCGUGGUGACAACGGAGAAGUGGGUCGAACAGGUGCCGCUGGAUCUCCAGGCAAACAAGGACCCCCUGGAGAGAAGGGAUCAAAGGGAUCAUCGGGUCCUCAGGGAAGUGACGGUGAAAAAGGCCCCAGAGGUGACCAAGGACCAAUUGGACUGCCUGGUAUCAGAGGCCCCGCUGGACCCCCAGGGGAUACUGGACUCCCAGGGCAACCAGGCCUUCAAGGACCACCAGGACUUGCAGGAAAUCCCGGACAACCAGGAGCUAAAGGUGACACAGGAGCGCCUGGACAAGUCGUCAAUGCAGCUGGCUCCAAUGCGGUGGCGAUUCCUGGACCACCUGGCAGCGCAGGGGCUCCCGGGCCUCCUGGCGCACCUGGUCUAUCAGGCCCCAUUGGUCCUGCUGGACUUCCUGGACAACAAGGUCCUAAAGGAGACAGAGGAGACCAGGGAGACAAAGGGGACAAGGGCGACCGAGGAGAGCGAGGCGAGCCCGGCAUCACAGUUAAGACCACAGAGACCAUCCGUGCCUCCCAAGCAGAAAAGCAGUUUGGUGCUGCUGCAGCUGCAGGUCCGACUGGCCCACCUGGACCCCCCGGGCCUCCUGGGCCCCCUGGACAACCUGGCCGCACAGGCGACUCCAGACCAGGUGUACCAGGACCCGCAGGCCCGAGAGGAGAGCCCGGACCACCAGGCUACGGACGACCUGGCCCACGGGGAGAGAAGGGCGAGCCAGGCAGCUUUGUACCAAAUUCAGGAACAUUCUUUGCUGGGCCACCCGGUCCACCAGGCCCUGCAGGUCCCAAGGGAGCCGCCGGAACACAAGGACCAAGGGGAUACCAAGGAGAGCCUGGGCAGCCUGGGUUACCAGGAAGACCUGGAGAUUCAUCCAGAUCCUCAGCCUCAUCUUCAGACUUUGGAACGGCACGUGGACCACCCGGGCCUCCUGGACCCCCAGGUCAACCAGGACGAGACGGACGCAAAGGUGACCAAGGAUCUCCUGGCGCUCCUGGCUCUCCAGGGUACUCUAGAGAUUCAUCUUCAUCUCGUGGUCCUCCUGGUCCCCCUGGCCCCCCCGGAACUCCCGGAACCCCCGGCACACCUGGCCAAUCAGGUGGCUCCUACUCUGCCUCUCAGUUCCAGCGCUACAUUACUGACUACUUCCAAAGUGACAAUUCCAGGCAGUACCUGAGUAGUAUGCGGGGUCCUCCUGGUCCGGUCGGGCCUGCUGGUCCUCCCGGCUCUCCUGGUGCCCCUGGCUCUGGAGGAAGCUCUCUGUCAGUGGACGACAUGGCAACUCGUGUCAUUGCUUACAUCCAGCGUUCAGGCUUCUCUGGAGCCAGAGGUCCUCCUGGUCCUCCAGGUGCCCCCGGGACUCCAGGAACAUCGUCAGGUUCAAUCUCUACAAAUGACAUCAUCGCACUGCUGCAGAGGGAUGAUGUGAGGCGUUACGUUGUGGGUCCCGCUGGUCCUCCUGGAGCUCCGGGUUCACCUGGUGCUGGGGGAGGAGCCUCCUACAACACACAGGAAGUGGCCGAUUAUGUCAUCAGGAUUAUGAAUGAGCGUGGGUUGACCGGCAGACCUGGAGUCCCUGGGCCACCCGGAACACCUGGGUUACCAGGAACCGUCGGGGACAUCAACGCCUUGCUGGAGCGCUCUGGCUAUCGUAGCAGGAGUGGUCCUCCAGGGCCCCCAGGGCCUCCUGGCAUCCAGGGGCCACCCGGGCCAGAGGGGCCACCGGGCAGGACAACCGCACAAGGCAGCGCUGGCUACAGACUGGAGGAUAUCCAGGUCUACCUCAGGGAUUCAGGCUUUAGUGGUCGUCCUGGUCCUCCAGGCCCACCCGGGCCCCAGGGUCCCCCAGGAAGUGGCCAGUGGAGCGGAGGAUUCGGCAGCCGGGAGUCCAGGCAGUACAUCCGCACAGAGAUGCAGGACUACCUCAGGAGUGAUGAAGGCCAGCGAUACGUCUCCAGUCGCCAGGGGCCACCUGGUCCGCAGGGGCCCGUCGGCCCUCAGGGGCCUAAAGGGGACCGCGGUGAGCCAGGGCACACGUACUACUACGGUGACAGACGGGGCCAGGGCGGUGGCGGUGGAGUGGUGGCCGAAAAUGUAGACUACUCCAAUGUGGACUACUCCAAUGUGGCGCUGAGAGUCACUGACUACAUCAAGAACCAAGGCUUGCUCCAGAGUGUCAUCGACGAUGAGUAUCUCCGUGGCAACUCGAGAGGUGUGCAAGGUCCGCCAGGACCCCCAGGGCCUCCUGGAGUCAGUCGAGUCUUUGCUCAGUACGGCAACACCACCGCAGACCUCAUGGACUUCUUCAGAAGACAUGGUACCAUCCCUGGAGCUCCUGGAAGACCAGGCCACAAGGGAGACAGAGGCUACCCCGGGCCUAAAGGAGAGAGAGGUGUUCAAGGUCCCCCAGGUCUUCCAGGAAGCCCAGGAGCUAGAGGAGAGAGAGGUGAGGUGACGCUCACACGACGAAGGAGACACGCGGGAGUUUAAGAUACGAUCCUUAAUCACUACUGACACACUGACUGGCGAGACAUUUCACAGAGCAUCACGGAGGUGUGAGCUCAACAGCGUUGAGGUUCCUGCUUUACAUAGACUGUGUAGCUAUCUAGUGUUGUAUAGUAGAUCUGUACACUAAGGACUCUUUAGGGGACCAAGCCUAGACUGCAAGUGGGUGUGGGCCUUUUCUACGUGACACCAGACACCUUUGAUCAGUGAACACUGCAAUGCCAUUCAAAAUGCUAUAGGUUGCAUCUGGUGUCAGACAUAUACAGUAUACAGUUAUAGACACCACUGUUGUCUUCCUCAAACCGGUAGCCCUAUAUACCAGCUUCACAACGGAGAUAGUCCGAUGUCACAGUGGAAAUUGCUAAUAAGUUGCAUUUAAGUGUUUUGCCGAGUAGCUUGAUCAAAUUAUUUUUAACUCCUCAAAUUACCUGAUGUAGAGAAAUUAUCGAAUUACCUGUAAUGUAUAAUGUGUGAAUGUUAGCAUAAAAAUGUUUCCCAAACAGUUGUUUUUGCCACACUGCUUAGUUAAACAUGGCUAAUCAUAUUGACAAUAACACGCAACAGUGCCAAAGUGCUUGAGUAACAAAGUAACAGUUUGAGCAUGUGGUAAAUCCAUUUUUAUUUUAGGGCAGAUUCAGGUAAAUUGAGCUGGAUAAGCAUUGAGUGUUUCAUCUCUUUUAAUUCUACUGACCUAUCACCACAAAUUAAUUUCAAUUCUCGCAAUUUCUGUUUGCAUAUAUUUCAGACAAGACGAGUUACUGGGUUUAUUUGUAUGCUUUGCGGUCAUUAUAAUUAAGCAUGUUUUUUCUUUGAAACCACUUUAGGAUUUCUUUUCGAUGUUGUAUUUUUAUGAACAAACGUUUGUGCACUUACUGUAUGGUUGUAUUUAGUGAAAGAAAGAGAGAAAGCAGUCAUAUUUUUUACCACUGUGUUGUAUUUUUUAUACCUUUUUGAUGUAAAAUGCCUUUUUACGUAUAAAAUUUAUUGUAAUUGAAGUGAGUUCUUGCACUGCCAAAUGGGAAAAUUUGUAACUCUUUGCCAACACAAACACUUUUUAAAAUAUGUUAAUAUUCAUUAAAUUACAACUCUCACACGUUCCCACAAAAGACAAAAAUAAAGAAAUUACAUUUCAAUUCAGCUGUCAUUCAACCAUCUACAUAGUGUAUCGACUGUUGACAUAUUUUUUUGUAAUGUUAUUCAUUUUAACUUAAUAAAGUUUUACCAUAAAACCGAUGCCAUAAAAUACUCCUCUGUUCCCCCUCCUACCAUUACUACUACUUCAGACCUCAACACACACAGGCGUACAGCCCCACCCAGCAGUAUUGGCAGCACCCCUUAAUUUUAUCAACAAAAUCUCCAGAAAUAAAUGGAAAUAUACUAACUUAUGCCACCAGGAUAUUUUAAUAGGAUGUUCCGAGAUAUUUUUUUUAAACAAAUUCUUCAUAAAAUAAGAAAAAGGGCAUGUGCGCAAUUACAGCCUUCCAUGACCUUAU